AUGAAGUUUGGUAAAUAUCUGGAGGCUCGCCAGGUUGAAUUGGCGGAGUAUAAUACACAUUUUAUAGACUACAAGGCUUUGAAGAAGCUUAUGAAGCAAUUGGCAACUGUUCCCAUGAUUAAUGACGACGAUUUGAACGCUAGUAAGAACUUAAUCAAUGUUGAUAUUGAUUUCAAUGAGGCCUCGGUUUAUAGAAGUCUCCAGGCUAAUAAGGCAUCCUUUUUCUUCAAAUUGGAACGUGAAUUGGAGAAAGUCAACCUAUAUUACGUCGAUAAGGAAUCCGAGUUGAAAGUUAAGCUUGAUGUGAUCGUCUCAAAGAUGAAUGAUUAUAGAAGUAGCGGAAGGUUGAAUUCGAAACAAGCAGUGGUAUAUAAAAAUAUUAGUGCAGUCAUAAAAAAAUUCCUCAAAGAUGUACGAAACCUAGAGCAGUAUGUCGAAUUGAAUAGGACCGGUUUUGCCAAAGUAUUGAAAAAAUGGGAUAAAAGAUCACAUUCGAAUGAGAAAGAAUUCUACCUGGCUACGGUGGUAUCAGUACAACCCAUUUUUACUAGAACAGAAGUAGCACGUUUAUCUGAUGAGGCUUUGAAUUUGUUGGUUGAUUUGAAUGAUCUCGUGGAGUAUUCUGUCGGAAAUGGAGUUAAUUCACCUAGUACAGCUCUCGGUCCAGGCUCUUCAUCCAAUGCUGUUGCCAUCAGCAUGGAUGGCGGCAAGAACAACUCUAAUAAUACAAAAGCCAGAAGGUCAUCUUCAUCUACUGGGUCAGAGAAGGGCUUUUUCAAAGUGUUAGGUUUUUCAUCUACGGAUCUCGACCUGGAGAUAGAAUAUUGGAUACAGGACAUCAUCAAUAUUUCCACGUUAAAGGAUGAUCAACGAAGGUUAGCUACAAUAUCUAAUUUUGUCCCAACAAAAGUACUGCCGAGACUGGAGGAAUUAUUACAGAAUAACGAACAAAAAGAGCAAAUCGAAAAGGAAUGUAUUACGAAACUAUUUUCCUUAUUGAUAGACUCUAACUUGGUGGACGAGUGUUUAUCAGUGGUAUAUUUGGCAUGUGAACAAUAUAUUGAUUUUAAUCAUAUAGACGAAGAUGCCGAAAUUUUUUCUAACGUAAAUCUAUUUCAUGAGGCAUGUGCAUGUUCUACUGCACCACGUUCAUUUCUACUUUAUGAAGCAUUGAAAUUCAAAAAUAUAACUUCUGCAGAUUUGAAGAAUUUAAUGAAUAUGAAAGAUAUACAUGGAAGAAUCCCAUUACACCAUGCUGCUGAACAAGGGAAAACGGAAUUUGUGGAACUAAUACUAGAAUCGAACUUAGUUGAUAUGUUGGAUAUUCCAGAUCAAGACCGUAAGACUCCCUUGAUACUUGCAUUAGAAAGUAAUGACAUAAAAGCAGUUAAGCUACUUCUUCAACAUGGCUCUAAUGCAUAUCCAAACGCUCAAGAUAAGGUACUAGAUCCACUCAGUGUUGCAUGUAAGAAAGGCAAUUUUGAAGCUGUUAAAUUAAUUUUGGAUUUUUUGGGAGAUAAAAUUGAAGGGCCAAGUCUAGACAAAAUGGAGUUACUUCAUAUAGUAUCGAAAAACUCUAAUAGCAGUGCUUUGGCAGAACUAUUAAUAUCUAAAGGUGCUAAUGUGAAUUAUGGAGAUAAGUUUCUUGGAAGAACGCCAUUAUUCUAUGCGGUAAUGAAUGGUAAGGAUAAUAUUGUAUCGCUUCUACUGAGGUGUAAUGCUUCAAUAGAUGUCAUGGAUGAUGAAGGGUACACACCAUUAUUCUAUACAAUAUGGGAAAGUGACGUUAAAGUUCUCAAUGCUAUGCUUCCGAGUAUAAAAAGUAUCAAGCAAAAAAAGAUUCAUAGCGACCUUCUUCAACCCAAGAAAUUGACAUUACCAAAUAAUGACUUGUUGGAUUUAGAUUCCAGUUCCAUAAAUGACUUAACAGAUUCGUUUGAGAAUAUACCAGCAUUUUCCUUACCUCCACCCAUCAUUCCAUUAAGGAAAUACGGUCACAACUUCUUGGAGGAUAAGAUUUAUGUGAAAGUGAUAUUCAAAGCUGGCACAGAAUCUAUAACACUAGAAAAUGACAAUGACUCUUUGAUAAAUGCACCAGGUAGAAUAAUGCUAUCCUCUGGUUCUUCAGAUAUAAUACCAAGAAAUGUACUUUUCCCAGUUGGUGGGACCUCUGUAACAGCUGUAGAUGAUGACUUAGAUGAAGAAGGAGAGAUAAUUUUUUACCCAGAUACAUUAGAGAACUUUUCAAUUCAAUUCGAUGUAUUCCCAACUACUGGUAAUAGACUUAUAGCUAGAACUGUCACACCCCCAUCAUUUCUGUUAUCUUCUUCUAUGAAUGGUACAAACUCAUUGAAAAUACCAUUAGUCGACUUGAAGCUCUCUGUUAUUGGUACGCUCUCUGUUGAAUAUCAAGUAAUUCAACCAUUCAGCGGUACAUCACUAAAAGUAACUGAGUGUGAGCCUUACUGGAAAUCUACUAAUGAAGAGAAGGAGCCACAGAAUUCGGAACCAUCUAAAAUUGAUAACGGCUAUAUUACUGAAACCUCUUUAUGUGGAAGUUUUGAAACAAUCAAAAUCUAUUAUUUAAAUGAUGGCAGGCUGGUUGCAUCGAAAGAAAUGUUUGUCACAGUUAAUGGAGCCAAGAUAUUAUUGAUGGAUCUCACAACCGAACAGCUUCAAGCUAUUUUACAAUCGUCUUUGUUUAUCGACAACGAGAUGAUAAAUACCAGUAAUGAUCUGAAAAUACUUCUUUGUAAAGGUGUGUUCGAUUUCAAAACUCUCCUCGACUUAAUUCCAUCGUCGAUAAAACUUAAUAUUCAGAUAUGUUUCCCAACUGCGGAGGAGAUUGUAUCUAUUCCCGUGAGACCAUCUCCACUGAUUGCUGUAGACAAACUAAUAAACAAUCUGUUGGAAAUGAUAUUUUCCAACGAAAGGUAUUUAAAAUCGACUACUAACCACUCCAGAUCGCUAGUGUUUAGUUCUUGUUGUUGGGAAGUAUGUGCAACGUUGAAUUGGAAGCAACCAAUUUUUCCGGUAUUCCUGAAAUUUGAUAAUUUGGUAUCGUAUGUGGAUCCUGAGUCGUCUACUGAGUGUUAUAAAUAUGAUACAGCGCAUCAUAUUCUAGAUCUUGUCCAAAAUCAAGAGGAAUAUAAGAAACUCAUUAAAAAGAUUGAUAUAUUCGGUAUGGUUAAAUUUGCUAUAAAGUCACAUCUACUUGGUUUAAUUUUGCCAGAGAAACUGCUCCAUAUCUGCGAUACUGUUGUUGACUCGAUAAGGAAAAAGGGACUGUUGGUUAUCAGUUUUUCUGACAGUCCCAUCAAUGAAGCUGAAAAAGAGCUUAAUGCAAAUGGAGUAAGUGAUGAGGAUGAAAUAAUAUUCUUGAAAAGUGGCGACGAUAAAAACCUGAUGCUUUAG